UCUGGCCUGGCGGCGAACACAGCAGUGUUACGCACAUGUAACAGAUCGAUGUAACAGGUUCCAGCGUAUUUUUGUCAGCGUCACGUACUACCAGUGGCCGCCAAGAGCAUGCUCCCCUCAUGGUUGAGCAAAAAGUCCGGCAACCCUCAGGCUCCCAGCCAACCACUGGCAGAUGACAUAUCCAAAGACUCUCAUUCAACAGUAGAACAAACUGGACAUUCAUCACAGUCUGCAAUUCACAUCACAGACAACGAUCACAACGAUGUCCACGAAUACAUCUAUGAUCCCACUAGUACAUCAGGCGACGUAAAGUCGCUAGGACAUUCAACCGAGCCUGCAAGGUUUCUGACACCGCAUGAUGACAUUCUCACCGAACUCCAGGGAUACUUGCCCUCAGGUGCUCAUCCCGAGCAGCAAUCAUCUCUCCGAGCAGACGCCCCCCCAGCAUCUUCCCUCAAUCUCGGCUCCAGCGCCGUCGAGAACUCGUUGUUCACCUCCGAAUCAUUGCCCAGUCAUGAACCAGCCAAGGAAAUCAUGUACGAGCCGUCCACGGGUCAGAGAUUACACGACUAUGUGCCAACGCCGGUGCGGUCAGGUGUUGAUGAUGCGCUGUGGUCCCAUUUAUCACAUAUUCUGGAGCUUCAGAGUGAGAUUGCGAAGAUGCAUGUUGAUAUGGAGAAUGUUCGGACUGCGCGGGGUCGUGAUGGGCCAGUUGGCCCUGAACGCGGGUCAAAGGCAGACACCACCAGGAGCGGGACGGGGAAGGAUAGGAGGAGGAGUGAGACGCUCGGAGAAGAGGAGGAUGACGAUGAGAGCGAUGAGGUGACCGAAGGAGAAGACUCAGAUGACCACGACGAGGGGUUUGGGAAAAAGAAACGAGAAGAAGAAUUCACAAGACUGGCGGAGCGGUUUGCGGAGAGAAACGGUUCCAUUGACGCCGUCAUGAACAAGUUGGACAACCUUUCGAGCGCACUCAAGACCUUUCAUGCGCUACCCACUCCAGUACUUGAUUUCGCAUCCUCUCGUACCAACACCACGUCUUUCAAUGCUCCACUAACCACUGAUCGCGGCACCGGCGUUGCGGUCCCGACGACAUCAGCUCCCGCUCGUUUGUCAGUAAAACCGCUAGUGAAGACGAUUAUAGAUGACUGUCAACACGUGGAUAGCCCAGUAGACAUGCAUCCCACACACUCCAUUAUCGAUCGCAAUGUUGGGAAGAAGUAAGCUGUCAUACCCUUCUGGAUACAUCAUAUGGUUUGGGAACACAUUUUACGAUACUAAUAGCGUUGAUAUAGUUGACACACUUUUGGCUAGCAUAUUACAUUAAAUCACA